AUGGAUGGUUGUUCUUUUGGUCAAAAUCUUGAGACUAGUACAUACGCCCGGGAGAACCUCUUUGCGGUUCUCAUUUGCAUGAUUGGCAUGCUAGUGGUUUUAGUAUAUCUCAAUGCAAUCUUGCAGACAUACAUGCAGAUUGAAGCUAAAAAAUCAGAUUUGAUGGAAAUAGAGGAGAGGAGAACUAUGGAUAUAGAAACAUGGUUAUGCGUCAAUGAUCUUUCUGGGGAUCUCAAGACUGAGAUCAUGGGAAACGUGCUAGAGAAACUGAAACCAGAAGAAGAUGUCAAUAACGUGAAAAUUCUCUCUGUCAUACCAUGGCGAUUUCAACUGGACAUAAAGAAAAACCUCUGUUUAGAUAUGCUACAGAAAGUUCCCAUGUUUAGAGCUGGAGGAGAAAGAACGAUGGAUUUAAUCUGUGGGUAUCUUAAGCCAAUCAUCUAUAACGAGAACAACUUUAUACUUCAAGAGGGGGAUCCAGUUGAUAAGAUGCUUUUCAUCACACAAGGUGACGCAAUCAUCUACAGAACUAGUCCCGACGGAAGUGGCUCCUCAAGCACGAGUUCUAUAAGUAACGGUGAUCAUUACGGUGAACAACUUCUGAAUUUGGCACCAGAUGUUGAUCCUUUGAGCUUACCCAUAUCGAACUGGAGUGUCAAGUGCAGCACAAAAGUUGAAGCUUUUUUCCUCAUGGCUGAAGACUUGAGAAAGAUAAAGAUUCAUCUAGUAGAGUCUGGUUAUAUAAUAGAUGGUUUGGUUACAAACACAAUGUAA